GAGAGAGAGAGAGGGUAAAAAACAUAGAUACAACAUAGGAAAUGGUGAAGAAGGAAGAGAGUGAAGAAGUUCCUCAUGUUAUCACUUCAACUUUCUCUCAUACUCUUAUUUCUCUCUCCAGAUCUGUAAAUAAAAUUACUAUAAAAUCUGUAUUGCUCUGUCUUUUCUCUCUCUUCAUAUACGUACAUAUUCAAGAAUUUACCUGAUGAAGUUGCUGCUGCCGCUCUUGCUUUUUCGUGUUAACUGGAAUGCUGUUUUCUUGUUUUUAAUUCUAACAUCAAGAAUUCUUUGCCAGUUGGAUUUUGGAAAUAGAAGCAUUUGCUGUGAAUUGGAGUUGUUAGACUGUAGAAGAAAUUCAUUUCGUAUCAUCUCCCGAUCCCUUUGUCAGUAUAGGAACUACAAUCAUGAACGAUAAUUUUUUAAAUGUUGAAACUGAAGAUGCUUUUGCCAGUUUGCUUGAAUUUGCUGCCAACAAUGAUAUAGAGGGGUUUAAAAAAUCAGUUGAUAGUGAACCGUCCGGCAUCAACGCGGUUGGAUUGUGGUAUGGACGUCAAAAGGGUUCGAAGCAAAUGGUUUUUCAUCAAAGAACUCCUUUGAUGGUGGCUGCAACUUAUGGUAGCCUUGAUGUUUUGAAACUGAUAAUCUCUUCACCUGAUGUUGAUGUGAAUCGAUCAUCUGGCGUUGAUAAGAGCACUGCUCUUCACUGUGCUGCAUCUAGUGGAUCAGUUAAGACUAUUGAUGUUGUGAAACUGCUUUUGGCAGCUGGUGCUGAUCCAAAUCUGGAGGAUGCAAAUGGUUGUUGUCCUGUUGACGUUAUUAUUGUCCCUCCGAAGUUUCAAGAAAUGAAAAUUUCUCUUGUAACGAUUCUAAAAAACGACUCCUCAUAUGGAGAUCUCAAUCUUAGAGUGUCAACAACCAUUUCAAAUUCAGUUUCUUCAACUGUUUCACCACCUCCUUGUAUUGAAUCCCCGUCAUCUCCUUCGGAGUUGGUGGCUUCUCCUAAGAGUGCAAAGUUUGCAUCAGAUAAGAAAGAGUACUUCAUCGAUCCAUCUUUGCCUGACAUCAAGAAUAGCAUCUAUUCUACAGAUGAGUUCAGAAUGUUUUCAUUUAAGGUUCGACCGUGCUCUCGUGCCUACUCACAUGAUUGGACUGAGUGCCCAUUUGUUCACCCGGGUGAAAAUGCUCGAAGAAGGGAUCCAAGGAAAUACCACUACAGCUGUGUACCUUGUCCUGAUUUUCGCAAGGGGGCUUGCCAUAGAGGGGACAUGUGUGAAUAUGCUCACGGAGUUUUUGAGUGCUGGCUUCACCCGGCUCAAUACCGGACUCGGCUUUGCAAAGAUGGUACGAGUUGCAACCGCAGAGUCUGUUUCUUUGCCCACACGCAAGAGGAACUCCGACCCUUGUAUGUAUCGACAGGUUCAGCCAUUCUCUCUCCUCACUCGAGUUCCUCUGCUGCUAACGCCAUGGAUUUCGCUGCAGCGAUGAGCCUUUUACCAGCUUCUCCUUCAUCUUCAUUUACUCCGCCUAUGUCUCCGUCCAUAAAUGGGAUGUCAAAUAUGGGUUGGCCCCCGCAAAAUGUUCCGGCACUGCAUUUACCUGGAAGCAACCUCCAGUCCAGUCGCCUGCGAACAUCACUGAAUGCUAGAGAUAUCCCCCCUGAAGACUUGAGUUUAUUAGAAGAUUUUGAUUUCCAAGAGAAGCAGUUCUUGAAUGAACUAUCCCGCUUAUCCCAACCAAGUAUUAAUACCAAUUCAUUGAACCAUUCUGCUCGAUCCAAAACCUUAAUCUCUUCGAAUCUUGAGGAUGCCUUUUCCGUUGAAAGCUCUUCUCCCAGAUAUACUGAAACAUCUGUUUUCUCCCCAACUCGCAAAUCUGCACUUCUUAAUCAAUUCCAGCCGCAGCAACAGAAUGUCCUAUCCCCAGUUGACACACCUUAUUCACCAAGAAAUGUAGAUCACGCCCUAUUGCAGGCCUCUUUUGGGAUUCCGUCUUCAGGGAGGAUGUCACCAUGCAACAUGGAGCAUAUGUCAUCAAUAAAUUCUCGCGUGUCAAUGCUGGCUCAAAGUCUCAAGCAUCAGAAGCAGUUUCGAAGUCUCAGCUCACGUGAUCUUGGCUCCAAAGCUAUGGCUGCUGUUGCCUCUUCGAAAGAUGCAGGGUCAAGCUGGGGAUCCUCUACUGGAAAGCCUGACUGGGCGGUCAAUGCUGAUGAGUUUGGUAAGCUAAAGAGAUCAUCAUCAUUAGAAAAUCUGAACGGUGCUGAGGAGCCCGAUUUAUCAUGGGUUCAGUCACUCGUUAAAGAAUCUCCACAGGAAACGAAGGAAAAAUCUACACCUCAUAUGUUUAGCACUGCUGGUUCGGUUACAUCUACCGGCGAAAAUCAAAAUUUGGAUUCACAGGCUGAACAUAUUGAUCAAUCUACUGCUUUAGGUGCAUUGCUCGAGCAGAUGAAGCUUGAUCAGCUGAUGGCUCAGUAAAAUCAAAAUUACUUUACCGAGCCUUUAAGCAGGUCCACAUUCUGAAAACAUAAGGUUUCAGUGAAUUUGACCAGGUUUCAGUGAAUUUGACCAGGUUUCAAUUUUUUAGUUUUUUCAGUACCAAGCUUCAGAAAGGAGGCAACUUGGCUAGGUAAGAAGUAGGAGUGGUGUAAAACUUCCGAAGAAAACACUAAUCUUUUACUAGUUUAAACUAGGUAAUAGAAAGGAUGGGGUUACUGGGUUAACUAUAGCACUAUGCCCGAUUACUGAUAUUUUUACCGAUUUUGAGUAUAUAUUCCUUAUUGUUUUGCUUGUUGGAUUAGCAUAAUCAUUCAGUGCAAUCAGAACACUUCUUAUCAAUAGGGUUACAUAAUACAUGUCAUUUUGGUGCUUCAAUAUUGUUAAUAGGAAAAUAGAAGACUAGGCUAUACUUUAGUCUCUGAUUUUGUAACUCAGAAUAUUUUCAUUUCUUGGAUAAGGUGAUAUCUGUUUUGUUA